UUGACACGGGUGAACUAAGAUCCACCGUCUUGACAGCAAGAUUCGCAGAAUAGUGGCUUUUUCUGCAGAAAAUAUGCUUCUGUACGUUUUUGCAGGGUUCGGAGUUUUGAGCUUCGCGGUGUGCGCUCUCAAGUUGCUUUGGAAAAUCUGGUGUGGAUUUCGUUCCUAUAUUCUGUCGAUGGUUUGGAAGACUGAUCUGAAGUCGUUUGGAAAAUGGGCAGUUGUCACAGGGGCUACAGCAGGAAUUGGUAAAGCCUACGCACAUGAGUUAGCCAGACGUGGUUUGAAUAUUGUUUUAAUCAGUCGCAGUAUGAAGAAGCUGAAGAAUUUGGCUGCGGAAAUAAAAAAGCAACAUAACAGAGACACCUGGAUCAUUCAAGCAGACUUCACAGAGGGUCCUUCUCUUUAUGAUAGCAUCGAAGAGCAGCUGAAAGAACUAGAAAUUGGAAUUUUAGUCAACAAUGUGGGGAUGCUAUAUGAAAAAUCGUUUGCCCGGCUCCUUGACACUUCUAAUCCAGCUAAGAAAAUAACUGAGAUACUCAACUGUAACAUCCUCUCCACAACCCAGAUGAGCAGAAUAGUUUUGCCCCAGAUGAUCCAAAGGAAAAAAGGUCUAAUAAUAAAUGUAUCUUCUGAAAUGGCUUCAGCUCCUUUUCCGAUGCUUAACAUGUACUCCAGCACUAAGAUUUUUAUUAACUAUUUUUCAGAAGCUCUGAAUGCAGAAUAUAGGGAAAAAGGAAUUAUUGUCCAGUGUGUAAUGCCAUUUUUUGUUUCUACCAAUAUGACAUACAAAAUGAAGAUUAGCUUGUUUGUAAAGGAUGCUAAUGCAUUUGCAAAUGAAGCCCUCAACACUGUGGGAUACACUACAAUGACCAGCGGCUGCCUGUCCCAUGCCUUACAGCAUGCUGUCGUCAACUUUUUCCUGCCUGACUGGGUCCGUCUCUCUUCCUUCAAUAUGAGGAUGUUGGAGAAAUAUGAGCAGCAUCAAAGGCCCAUCCUUCAGGAAAGGAUAAGGAAGAUGAAGAAAGAAGAGUGAAAAUGUGUUUCUCAUAUACCUGCCUUCUUGUUUCUUUUUAUACAGAUAUUGUAUUCUCUAUAUUUUAAGUUCAUCAUGUGUUCAGCAAGAAUCUUUACUAUGAAGGUCACAUCUGUAGACCUGAAACUAGAUAUAAGGAAGUUAGUUAUUCUGAGAGUGAACUACAGCAUAUACUGCUGUGAAGAUAUAUCGCAGUAAGCAGUUAAAAAUAUUUGGGGACUUUUGACAUCAUGCAAACACAUUCACUCAGGCAAAUAGUGUCAGUAUCAUGGUGGUGGUGAUUGGUGACGGGGGGGUGAAAGGAUGUUUCGAGGGGUUUAGCCAUUUCUAGAAAUUCCAAAGCAAUUGCUAGCCCUACAUCAAAGCCACUAUCUAUGAUAUUAUUAGGUUGCAACAGGCACAAUUAAAUACUAUUUUUUUCACAAAUUUUCAAAUUUCAAGUUUAAAUAUGUUUAAUCUCAAAAUAAAACUUUGGCCUUUGACCUUUGUCAAAACCUUAUGGUGCUGCACCUACAGGCAUACCAUUGUGUUCUUCCCAGUUGUCCAAAGUGUGUGUAGCCUUUUUCUGUAGGUAAUCCAGUUUACCUCCAUCUUCCCAAAGAUUUACAGUAGAUCAGUUGAACACAAGUGACGGUGUGAUUAUGUGCAAGUGAGUCCUGUGAUGGACUGGUGCUUCAGUCCCGACGUCUACGGACUGAAUCAAUCAGUUUUGAGAAUGUGUGGAUGGAGAGGAACUGAAUAAACCAAAUGCAUGGACAGCCUGUUGACAAUAAUACUGCACUGCUCUCUUGGCCCAUGUUACUCUCUCAUUCAACUGCUGGCUACACAGUGCCUAUAAAAAGUAUCCACCCUCUUGGUAGCUCUCACACAUUAUUAUUACACAACAUUGAAUCACAGUGAAGUUCAUUUUGCUUUUUUAACACAAGCCAACAGGAAAAAACUCAAAACUGAAAACUGAUCUCUUCAAUGUAACCUAAAUUAAUCUUAUACAUAAAGCAGACUGUAACAGUCUUGUGGUCAUGUAUUUAUGUUAUCAUCCAGUUGACGCUCUGAACAUUUCUGGUGUGCUCCGUAAAAGCAAC